GCCAUUAACAACAAGGCUAGUGUGAGUUAACACAUUGUUCAGAGAACAAGAACCUUUGAACCAAGAUUUUACAUAUCCUAGCUUCUUCUCCAUCAUGACUUCUGUUCUUCACAGCUUUACCUCUUCGCUGAGGAAUAUACCGACAGCAUCAUCAUGGUUCGAGGCCUAUGUUGCCCUCUCCACAUCUCUGAUGCUUUUGCAAACUGCGACCAGUCAAUUCAUACCGGUAAAUGUUCGAUCCUACAUCUUCGAAAGAUUGAAAAGCUACUUCUUCGGAACUGUUGCGGGUAUCUCUGAUCACGUCACUCUCACCAUCCAUGAGAGCUGGGAGAAUAUGGGCCGUAACGAACUCUAUGAUGCUGUCAACGAAUACCUACCUUCCAAGAUCAGUCGUGCAAACAAAAACCUUAAAGUCGGCAAGUUCGGAGGAGGUAAUAAGAUAGCAAUGGCAAUCGAAGGUGGAGAAUCUAUCGUGGAUGUCUUCGACGACGUAAAGCUUACAUGGAGAUAUUCCCGUCAAAAAGAUAGGCAACAGCAGGAAGAUCCAACACAUUUUUCAUCUCGUCCAGCUCAAUCAGAUCACUCAAGGCCCAUGUAUGUGCUAAGUUUUGAUGAAAAUGAUAGAGAGAAAGUUAUGGAUUCUUAUCUGCCUCAUAUCUUGGACAAAUACAAGGCCAUGAAAGAGGGAGAGAAGGUUUUGAAGCACUACACCAGGACGAGUGGUUCAUGGCAAUCAUCCGUGCUAGAGCAUCCAGCAACAUUCGACACGCUUGCCAUGGAACCCGAGUUAAAGAAGGCCAUUCUCGAUGAUCUGGAUCGGUUCCUGAGGAGGAAGAGUUUUUACAAAAAGGUUGGGAAAGCUUGGAAGCGCGGGUAUCUAUUGUAUGGCCCUCCUGGAACCGGGAAAACGAGCCUCAUUGCGGCUAUGGCAAAUUACUUGAAAUUUGACGUCUAUGAUUUGGAGCUCAGUGGUGUUCACUCCAAUGCAGAUCUGAUGAGAUCGUUGCGUAAUACGUCUAAUCGUUCCAUACUUGUGGUUGAGGAUAUAGAUUGCAAUAGAGUGGUCCGAGAUCGAGCAGAAAAAGUUCGUGAUCAUCCGAUUCAUCCUUUUGACGAUCCCACGUUUAGAAAGCUCACGCUCUCAGGUCUACUAAACUCCAUAGAUGGUCUGUGGACAAGCAGCGCAGAGGAGCGAAUUAUUGUAUUUACUACCAAUCACAAAGACCAAAUAGAUCCAUCAUUGUUGCGUCCGGGUAGGAUGGACAUGCACAUUAACUUGUCCUUCUGCAACGCUAAUGAGUUUCGAAUCUUAGCCUCCAAUUACCUGGAUAUCCACAGUCACCCACUUUUUGAACAAAUCGAACGCUUGUUAGAGAAACUACAGAUCACUCCUGCAGUAGUGGCGGAAGAAUUAAUGAAGGAUGACGAUGCUGAAGUUACUCUCUCGGGACUUGUUAAUUUCCUUGAGCGAAAGGAGAUGGAGGGCGAUGGAAUAAAGGAUGUAAAUACGAAGGCCACCAUUCCGGAGAUCAAAGAAGAUGAAGAUUGAUGACAAAAAUAAAGAGAUCAAAGAAGGGAGAGUAAAGGGUGAUCUAUAAUCUUAUUAUGAUCUAUAUUUAUCUUAAUGAAUUCAAUCAAAUUAAAAUAAGAAAUGAAGAACUGGGCCCGAAUUAAUUUACUUGUAAAUUGAUUUCAUGUGUUUAAUUGAUUUCGGUUAAGUCGGUA